AUGACAGUGACGCACGAACGAAUCGGAAACGAUCCCCAGAACUUUUGGGUUUUCGAUUCCGAGAGCGAUACAUUUGAUCUCACACGUGGAUCGAAAUCCACCUCCCUCAUCACCAUCGACACCACCACACAGCGAACACGGCUCGACCCUGCCAAAACCGCUUUGCUACUCAUCGAUUUGCAAAACUUCUUUCUCCAUCCCGCCGUGCGACCACGCCCUGAAGGCGCACCGCCUUCGCCCGCAGAACAGGCCACAGAGGCGCUCCUCCGCGCGGGCAUCCCGGUGGCCCGGCAUCAUGGAAUCCAGAUUAUUUGGUUGUGCUGGGGUCUGACGGAGGAUGACUUGUGUCAAAUGCCGCCGGCGAUUAUUCGCACGUUUGGUUGCUAUCAACAUGGUCGGUCGGUUGUUGCACACCCUUCUGAGCAGGUUGGGAAAUUGACCCCGACUCCGAUCCUGACGCCGACGCCAUCGCUACCUGACAUGCAUCGAGUCAAGGACCCAGCCCUGUACAAAGGCCUGGGGACAGAUCUCGGGCCGGUGACGCUCAGCGAGAAGCAGACGGAAUACGAGAUAAGCCAGAGUCAGCAGCAUGGGGUCACGGCGAGGACGGACUCGCAAACCAAGGCCGAUGUUCUCUUCCACAAGAACCGUAUGUCGGGCCUCUGGGGAGCCGGCUCCGAGUUGGAAACUUUCCUCCAACGGGAGAACAUCACGACUCUACUCUUUGGUGGGGUCAACACCGAUCAAUGCGUGGGGAGCACGUUGACCGAUGCCUUUAGCAAAGGGUAUGAUUGCAUUCUGUUACGGGACGGAGUGGGCACGGGGACACCGUAUGGGGCGAGCACGGUGUGGGAGUACAAUUCGAUGAACUGUUGGGGGUUUGUCACAACCUGCGAUGCUCUGGCCGGAGCAUCGGUCUCUCCGACGUGA